UUAUAACAUAUCCAUUUUCAUGUAUAUUUACAAAACAGUUCGUCUCUUUCUCUAUCUCUCUAUCAAGAAGGCGAUUGCAGAGAACACUACUCACUCAGUACUGGUACUAUAAAAGAGAAAGAAAAGGAUAUCUUACAGGCUUUGCAUCCUCCCUCUCUUUUUCACAACAUAUAAUCAAAGGGUGUGAAAAAAAUACUUGAUGAAGAUGACAUCCAUGUACAAGAUUAUCAUUUUCAUGAUAUUAUGGAAAUAGUAAUUUUUUCAAGAAACCUACUGUCUUUGGAAAUUCUAUGUCACAAGAUUAUAUCUUCAAUUUCUCACAUGGGUUCGAGAGAUCAUCUUCGGGUCAAGAUCAGAUCCGAAGGUUAGAUGAGGAAGCAGUACAUGGUAACGAUUUGCCGGCAGUUUACGAGACGGGAGCUGGGAUGUUGUCCGAGAUGUUUAAUUUCUCGGGACCCAACAACCCAAAUUCCGCCUCAGAAUUGCUGGCAAAUCAAAUAAAUUACCAUCAACAAAACCGAAGGCCAAACAGUACAGGCGGUGAUUGGUACGGAAAUAGUACUAAUCAUGCCAUGCAACUUUUUUUAACAAACCCAUCUCAUCAUCAAGAAUCUCCUUCUUCAGAAUCACCAUCUUCAACUCUUCACAUGUUGAUGCCAAAUAAUGUCCCAUCUACCAAUUCUACCCUUCAUCAUCAACAAAGCUUUGGCAGUACUAGUGGUACCGGACAAGGGCAUUUUGGUCAAUUCGCAUGGGUACCUCCUGGUGGAGGUACAUCAAAUGAAGGUGAAAACGUCGGUGGAGUUGAAGGUCUUUCACUUUCAUUAUCUUCAACUUUACAACAUCACUUGGAAGCAGCUAAAGUUGAAGACUUAAGAAUUGGCGAUGAUUCGGGUACAGCCGGAAUGUUUUACUUUAAUCAACUAGGCGCUACUACCGGUGGAGAUCCUUAUCGAAGUUUACAUAUGGGACAACCCCAUAAUCAUGGUCCAAUUCAUAUCGGUUUCGGAUCGUCUUCUUUAGGAGUUGUUAAAGUCCUUAGAAAUUCUAGGUAUGUGAAAGCAGCACAAGAAUUACUUGAAGAAUUUUGUAGUGUGGGAAGAGGUCAAUUCAAGAAAAAUAAAUCCGCUUUAAAAUCUAACAAUCCAACAAAUAGUAGUGGUGGUGGUGCUUCCUCAAAAGAGCUUCCUCCCUUAUCAUCUUCUGAUAGAAUUGAACAUCAAAGAAGAAAAGUAAAACUGUCUUCCAUGCUUGAUGAGGUGGAAAGGAGAUACAAUCACUACUGUGAACAGAUGCAAAUGGUGGUGAAUUCCUUUGAUUUAGUGAUGGGGUUCGGCGGAGCGGUACCAUACACAGCGUUAGCACAAAAGGCCAUGUCACGCCAUUUUCGUUGUUUAAAAGAUGCAAUCGCGGCUCAGUUGAAACACAGUUGUGAAUUAUUAGGGGAGAAAGACGCGAGUUCUUCGGGUGUCACUAAAGGUGAGACACCAAGGCUUAAGUUGUUAGAACAAAGCUUAAGACAACAAAGAGCAUUCCAUCAAAUGGGCAUGAUGGAACAAGAAGCUUGGAGACCCCAAAGAGGCUUGCCUGAACGUUCGGUUAACAUUUUAAGAGCUUGGCUUUUCGAGCACUUUUUACACCCGUAUCCAAGUGAUGCUGAUAAACAUCUUUUGGCCAGACAGACUGGACUCUCUAGAAAUCAGGUAUCAAAUUGGUUCAUAAAUGCAAGGGUCAGGUUGUGGAAACCUAUGGUAGAAGACAUGUACCAACAAGAAAGCAAAGAAGAAGAUCAAGAAGGAAUUGAUCCUCCUCAAAAUAUAGACCAAAAUGAUGAUGAUGAUGAAGAUAUUGAUGAUGAUCAAGAGAACAACAAUAAUAAUAACAAAUCAGAAACCAACAACAACAAUAUUAAUUACAAAAAUGGUCCCUCUUCAUCAUCAACUACUACUUCUUCUUGUGCUGCAUUAGCACAAACUUCCAUGCAUCAUCAUCCACCUAUAUAUACAAAUACACAUGCAAAUAUAUCCGAAAUCAAUGACCCUGAAAAUGACCCUUCAAUUCUUGCCAUCAAUACACAAAACUGUUUUUCUGAAAACCAAGUAUCAACAACAACAAAUGCCAUGUCAUCAUCAUAUUCUUACACUACCGGAAAUAUUAAUAAUAAUAUGUCUAUUAUUCCACCAUCUUUUCCGGUGACAAAAGAUGACGUGUCUCAUGAUCAAAUUGGUUCCACAUUGAUAAGAUUUGGUACUAAUAGUACUUCUGGUGACGUGUCACUUACUUUAGGAUUACGUCAUGCCGGGUCAAACUUGCCGGAGAAGAAUUCUUUUUCAGUUAGAGACUUUGGGGAAUGUUAAAAAGAUUAUUUUUACGUGUCUAUAUAAGGUCUACUUAUAAUUAGUAAGUUAAAAAUAAUUUUUUAAUUAGGCCAUUGUUAUACCAAUUAAGAAGUUAGCUAGCUCAUAAAUUAUCUUUUUUUAAUGUUUUUAUUUCCUUAUCUAUUUAUGUAAAACACAAAAAAGGGAAAUUUUACACGUACACCAUGAUAAAUUGUAGUUUGAUGUGUGUAAUAUAUAUAUUUGGGUCUA